UAUAACAGCUGACCUGCUUAAUUGCAGUCUCGUCUGUAGAUUUGUUUUUUUAAUUCUGAUUUGGAGCUCCUAUCAUAAAGUUGUUAGGUUGAAAUAUCGUCCCUUUAAACCUUAAAAAUGUGAAACAAGUGAAAUGUGAUCACACCAAUUACAAGCGAUUCAUGAGUAUUAGAUGGUGUUGAAUAAUAAUCAAAAGUAACCUGUAAAGCAAAGUUAAAAACCAGGGGGUGGAUAAAGCAACUCCCAAGACCCUUAUCACUACUAAAUUUGAUUCGUUUCGUCGCCAUGAAAUGCAUAGAAACAUAGCAACAUAGCAUAGCGUACAACAAGUUGAAUUGAAAAGUGUGUGUUUUUGUGUGUGUGGAUUAACUUUAAAUACGGACUACGGCAAACAAAGAAAUAAACGAUGGAAAAUUUGGAAAAACAUUACAUGCUGCUGCUGACAGCGGAAGAGCAAAAGUUUCUAAAGCUCUAUUUGCAAAAUCCUGCCAUGACAAAUAAGACUUUAUUACGCCUUAAACCUUUUCGUCUGUUGGAAGAAAAACCCUAUCCGGUUUUGGAUAUUUUGUUGCUGCAACCUCCACAUGUCAUGGUUCACAUUAAAUGGGCUAUUAUAAGAACUUUUGAAGAACUUCUCAGAGUUGUCGCCAAAAAUGGUAUUAAUACAGGGUUUUUGCAAUUUCUAAUAAAAAUUCCCGAUGACAUACUGAAUGAGGCGCUGCAAGGAGAAUUGCGUGAAAAAUUCCAACAGUGUCUUAGCCAUUCCCAGUUGAAAGAAGAAUUCUAUUUAUCAUUGCUCAGCCGUAAGGAUAAACAAUUAUUGGCUGAUAUUUUGGAAUACCUUAAAGACACCAAAUGGCAAUGCUUUCAACAGCCAGUGGGAAGCAAAGAAUUUGUCCUAUACCAUGCAUUAAAAUCGAAAACACACUUUAUGUCUCAUUUGAUACAGGAAUUGCGUGAAUUCCACAACAUCGAAGAUGUUGCACUGAGAAAUAAUUUAAUAAUUGUAAAAUUGGUGCAUGAGUUUUCCGAGAAGGCUUCCAAAAGUUUAAAUCAAUUACCCUCAAAUAUGGAAGCAUUAUUGGAAUUAAUCGAUUUGGAAAAUGUUGAAGAGGACCUGGUGCCGGUUUAUGAGCAUUUCUAUAAGGAUUUUAAACGAUUAUUAGUGGUAUUGCAAUACAUUGGAAAGUUUCCAAAUGCUUUAGCUCUUAUAGGCGUGGAAGAACUUUUGAGUAUAAACAGUAUUCUGGAUAUUAUAAGCCAACAUCGUUUACUUAAGUCUUAUGAGGAAACCAAAGAGUUUUUGGAAACCUACUAUAACUAUCAACAAUAUCUUCCCAUGUUCUCCCUUAAGGAAAAAGAAAUAGAGUUAUUGGGCUGUUAUUACAUACUUGCUACCACCUAUGACAUAAUAACCAGUGGAGCCUUUGCUGAAAUUGUUCCCGAUGAAGCCUUUUACAGCCAGAAGAUACAAAAACUUAAUAGUCUGCUAAGGCAAAUUAAAAACUUUGAAUUACUUUGCCAAAUGCUGGAGGAUGUAAUUCUAUUCAUCUACCUCAGAUGGGAACAUUUUAAUGGAGACUCGAAAGGUGUAAAAUAUCGUAAGUUGGACUAUUCGGAUUCCUCUUCACGCACAGAUGAUGACAUUUUGCAGGAUUCAUCUAAUACCCCCCAGAAGCAUGGAUCCAAAUCUUUGUGUAAAAAUGGAAAAUUUGGAUUCGUCUGCAAAUCGAAAUCAUUUAUCACUCUUUUUAACUUUCUAAAAUCCUAUGUCACCAAGAAAUUCCACUCGCCCGAUUAUAAACAAGCCUCCUCUGAAAUGAAGAGCCGAUUUCAGAAAAUUGCCGAUACUAUAGGAGAUUUUUUGUGGAAACAUGCCUUCUUUGAGAAAAUGGAAAAUUCUCAAAAUCGUAACUUCCCCAAUUCCUCCUCUAUUCACUACGAUUCGGAUACAUUAAUGCACAUGGUACAUUUUCAUGUAGAUUCCAUAGAAAGAAUAUCGAGCGAUGACGAGGGCGGUUCAAAUCAGUAUUCAUUGGCUCGUCGAAAAGCUGUAAAAAAAAGACGCCGUGCUACUUUCAGCGGUGCUUCGGCCAUUACUGGAGAAAAGGGGACGGAUUUACAGCAAACUCGAACAAGAGCUACAAUUUUAUCGAGCUCCAUGAAGUUUCAUGCUAAACCACAAAAUGUUGACUUUCCCUCGGAGAAAUCGGAGGAAAAGAGUGUGGUUCCCAAGUUGUUGAGUUCACCGGAACGUUUGGCUUGUUUGGCGUUGUCCUUUAAGCAAUUCAAUGAAGCAAAAGAAAUUAUAAAGAAUUUCAACUUACACAACUCUCAAUUAAAUCUAGAAUUGGAUUAUAUGGAGCACCAGCAGCGUGUUAAACAAAAGCUUUCCGAUAUAUAUGCUAAUUACCAACAGCAAGAGAAACAAUCUCUCGAUUCCACAGAACCAAUAACAACGGUGGAAAUGAUACGAAAUGUGGCUGCCAAGGGAUUUGAGGUAUCGAAAAUCAUCAACAUCAUUGAUCAUUUUGCUCAAAUGCAAAGCAUCAAACAGACAGAAUCUGUCAAAGAACUGAUUAGAAAGCAUAAACAGAAUCCCCAGUAUCGCUUCCUUAGCCAAUUCGAGGAGUGCAAUUUAAAGGCGGUCAUCAUUUGUGAUCUCAUAUUGAGUCUCCCAUUUAAUCGUGAUAUAACACACAGUAUUUUAAUGAUCAUUAAACGAAAUCAGGCCAUACAGUCGAAUUUUAAAGAAGCGGAGAGUGGUGUAGGGGAAAAAUCACAAUUUCCCUCAAACAUGGGCCCAUUGAAUUUCCUCGAGAAUUUAUCUGAUUGCAUGCGUCUAUUGGCCGAUAAAUCCAUAACGGAUAUUUUAUGUGAUAAUUGCUAUUCGCUGAAGCCCAAAAAGUUGGCUGUCGAAUUGGCCAAGGAGAAGGUUUUCUAUGAGGUCUUUCAUAAGAAGCCCAAGGAAUUGAGUCGUUGCGAAGACUUAAAAGCACUUGUGCCACAAUUCCAAAUGCUCAAGUCGAAACACAACUAUUAUCAACAAUUCUGCAAUUACAUGCAGCAUCUUAGCAUGUUGGUGCGCUUAAUAACUCCCAAAGGCAAACAGCUGCACGUAGAUGACCUCUUGAGAAUUGAUCCUUGCGAUGUUAUUGGAGAAUUGAUAUUCUCCCGCAACAUGACCCCCUUGGAGAUAGAGGCCAAUGUAACGGCGCUUAAUUUGAACUUGGUGCAUGUUAUUGCUCUGAAUAUAUGUCCUGAAAUUGUUGGCGGCAGAAGUUUGUUGACCAAACGCAGCAUACCCAGCAACAAGGAGUCGACUAUACUCAAUUACAUAGCCAAUCACAAUCGUCUGCUGGUUUUUCUUCUCCAAGGCAUAAACAAUGGCAAUCAUUUUUCACAGGAUUCUAAUACAAAUCAUAUAAAUGCGGGUUUCUUGGAAAGACUCGUUCAAAUGCCCGAGGUGGCCAAAUUGUCUUUCCUGCUCUACAGUGAUAACAAAGUGAUAUCUGCCCUUAGAAGUGAUCACAUCAAUGUUAAGUCAUUGGAUAAACUAACAUCUAAGACGGACCAAUUACAUUUGCUCGAAUUGGAAAUGGGUAUCCAAGAAUCGAAACCGCUUAAACAGAAACGUAUGGACCGCCUGAUAACGGAACUGAUUGAAGAGGAUCCGAAAAAUAUCUAUUUGGCUUCCAAGAUACAUGACAUAACCCUUCGUGCCAAACUAAUACAUGCGAAUUUUUCAAAAAUAUCCACCAUUCGUUUGGCUAAGCAACUGAUAGAGACCACAUUGCAGCAUCGUCAUGCAGCUAAGAGAAUACCAAAGGAAUUACUGCAACAGUUGGAGAUUAUCUUGGCCGAUAUAAGAGUGUACGCUAAAGUCUCCGAGGUGCUGCACUUUGAGACUUGGCCCCAAGCCUAUGACUUUGGUCUAAAGACACCAGCCACCAUAUUCGAAGGUCUUCUACAACUUCGAUUGUACAAACUGUGCUAUGAAUGGUGCAAAGUGGUGAAAUUAUCUGAAAAUUUUAAGCCGGAACAAUUUCUCAAUAUAUUGCUCAAAUCUCUUAUGGAUUUGACGGACGUUGAAGAAUCGCCAUCGGAUCCGGAGCAAAUACACCCAUCUACUUACUUACUGAAAAUACUGGAGACAUUUCAGCCAAAUGAUUGUAGGGCCUUCUUGCUAGCGAAUAAGGACACAUUUCGUUGCAUGAUUUUGCUUAAAUUUGCUAUAGAAUAUCUAGAACGCAGCGCUUCCGCCGAGGAAAAGCUGAAUUAUCGAAAUUACAAAAUAUCCUUGGUUAUAUUUGAACAGCUUUCUCCAGCUAUAAGGCACUUAUUUUGGAAUCUCUUAAAGUAUCCCCUUCUGAUUGUGGAACAAUUGAUAAUGAAUGUCAAAUUUGAAGUGUUGACCAAAGUUUUGGCAGUCAUACGGCAGGAAUUGCAAAGUGGCAACCGAAAGCUGUGUUCGUUUUGCUUCGAUAAAAAUGGCUAUGCCUAUGAUAUACAUGGCCAUCACCAUCCGCCCCACUCGCCUCAUAAAGUUCGUUUCCAAUUAGGCUCACAGGAAGCAUCUAACGCCUCUGCCUUUAUCUUGCUAAACUUCAAUCUGUAUCAGAAAGAUCAUUUUAUUAGCAAUGACUGCAUAGAUUUGCUGUUGAGGAUAUAUGCCACAAAAUCUCUGGACUAUCAGAUAUCAGACACCAACUCCUCAUCCGAGCCAUAUUCGCAAAGUACUUGCGAUAUGCAGCAAUCCUUGGAUUCUUUAUGUGGGGCCUUUCAAAUGCCUUCGAGGGCUCCAACUAGGGAGGAAUGGGUGCGCGAUGAAGAGGCCACCCACUGCAUGUGUUGUCGCCGUACUGCCUUUUCCAUGCUAAUGCGACGGCACCAUUGUCGCCGGUGUGGUCGUGUGGUAUGUUUUUCAUGUUCCACCUACAGAAUGCGCAUCCCCGAACUCUAUGAAGAUGUGGAAGUGCGUAUCUGUAACGAUUGCCACAACCUGUGUGAGGAUAUAAAUCAGCGUAAAGCGAAUCGCGACUCCCAAGCCGAAGACGAAAGCAAUGCGGUGCGCAUACGCCUCAAACCUGAGGAACGUUUCAAAUGGAAGCUUAGCGGUAAUAUCACACACGAUAAACUUCUGCGUGAGGAAUUCUGUUACGAACAUGCACCAAGUGUGGCCUUGUGUUUAUCCAUAUUGGAGUAUCACAUGGCCAAACAGAAAUGUGUGGAUCUACUUUUGUUUCAUUGUAGAAAGUUGGAGAAGUUAUUGGUACCUAAUCCAGAGGUGGAUUACGAACUUGUAGCCAAAAUGAUGAAUUGCCUGGCUCUGGCGGCAAAAGUUCGUGGAGCUUCUGCUGAAUUCGAAACCAUACGGGAACAUUCUGAAAUUAUAAUUUCUGUUGUGCAAAACGGCUGUGAGUCUUUAAUUCCCCCUGAUCCAUUGAACAACCAUGGCUUAUGGAAGUUAGCCGAGUCGUUAGUGGAGGCCGAACGAUGGGAUCUUGCAUUAGAAGUUCAUCUCAAAUGUGGCCUAUCAACUACUGGCGUAAUAGCGGCUCAUGGAAUGUCCUGCCUCAAGGCAGGUUGUUUUGAAACAGCACGAGAAAAAUUCUCUCACUGCAUGACGAGAUUGACCAACGAGAAUAUGAAUGGCAUUAUCUCGAAAGUUAUCUUCAAUCCGGCUUUGAAUGCCAGCCAUGAUAAUGUGGAAAGUAUGCUUGGUCUGUCAAAAGACCAAGACAUACAUGUGGUGAAGCGACCACACAAUGGCCCACGUCUGUUACAAGAAAUUCUUAAAAUAAUCGAAUCGAUGCCAUUUAAUAAACCCCAGCCGGAAACCCUUCAAAGGGCUUCGAUAAUACGAAGUUCUAAUUCGUCGCUGGUUGCAUUACUGUCACGUCGCAAAGAAGCCUAUGUUAAACGUACCCAUGAACCUGCCAUCAACAUACUGAAUACAUUGUCCAACCUGAAGCGAAUUAGUAAGGGCCAAUAUACGAGUGUAAGCAACCAAGCUGGAACUCAAUUGUCGAAUAAUAAUGGAGCGCCACUGAUAGAUCGUAAUCAAUUAUUUCGCAAAACAAGCGGUUUUGAGGAAUGUCUCUAUUACCUACUCACCUACGGAUCCCACAUUGAUGUCAUACAUUUUCUGAUGAACCACAACGAACUGGUGGCUACUCUGAAAUAUUUUCUUCUACAAAAGCUUGAUGCGGAUAUUUUCAUAAAUCACAUCUACAUGGUAAUGCUGAGCAGGGGCAAAGCGGCAGUGCUAAUUAAGCAGAUGUUGGAAUUCGAUGGGCGGCUUUUGAUAUGGCGCUCAACAUUGUUGCAAACCUGUCGGUAUUUGGAAACUCAAAAUUUUUUAAAUUCCCUUUAUGAGCUGCAAAUACUUCUCAAAGAUCCCAUCAGAGCUUGCAUGACCUGUAUUAAAUUCUAUUCGAUGAACUGUGAAGAUUUCAAACAGCAACAUUUGAAUGCCCAACAUUUACGCAAUGCCCGGAUGCAUUUGCAGUCGGAGCUGGAUAAUUUUGAAUGGGAAAAAAUAAACCUAAAUAGUGGAACUGUAACGAAAUCAAAUAAAAAUAGCAGUCGCAGAUCAAGCACAUCGAGUGCCACUGGCUCGACAGGAGGUGGCAAUUUCCUCUUGCAAAUGGAUGCUCGAUCCUUGAAUUCCCAUAUAACCACCAUAGCCAACCAAUUGGAUGUUGCAAAAUUUCUAGCCCAUUGCGAGGAAGAAAAUAGUAAAGAUGGGCUAAUAACAGAGAAAAUCCUCAAACAGCUUCGCAUUGAUUCAGUUAAAUCUUUACCCACCUUAUUCGAUAGUACUCCCGAGAAAAUACAGAUUUGCAUAUUAAUUCUGCUAUGCGGAAAAAAUAUUUAUGAGGGUUUAGGUUUAUGUUAUAGAAUUAUACAACAUUACAAAAUUCCGGCCAUAAAAGUUUAUGCUGCUACAGCCAAGUAUCUGGCCCUCAAUCAACGUCUGUCAGAAAUUGAAAAAUUGCUCAACUGUGCGAACAAUGUCAUCGGUACCCAAGAUAUAGAUGAAAUUCUCACCGUGGCCAUCAUUUCGGCAGUCAAUAUUCACGAUCCCGAGACCAAGGCCAUAUUAGAUAAUCUCACCAAAAAGAUACACAACAUUGAGAUGCGGAUAUCAUCGCAUAUUUUUAUAGGCCAAUUGAAAUCGGCCUAUCUAUUGGCUAACAAGUACGAACGUUUGUCCGACAUCCGUAAGAUAUUGAGACAAGCCGAAGCCACCAAUCAAGUCCACAUUAAAAAAUUGUGUGAGAAAAAGUUGCAAAUGACUCAGUCGAGUGCAAGCAAUCAAUCGAAAUAGUUAUUGAAACUCAUGUGAUAUACGAAUUUGGAAUAUGGUAGUGUACUACUAUGCAUAUUUUUUAUUGUAAGAAUUCGUAGAUUUUGUGUAUGCAUACAUUAUAUAUAUAAAUGUUUAUUUGUUAUUAAAUUGAAAUAUUAUUACAUUUUAUAGAACAAAUUGGAAUCGUUCUAAAUUCUGAAUGCCACCGUGGUGCAUACAUGAGAAUAAUUCUUUAUGAUGCUAAAAAUA